UUCACGAGCGUCGUUGCUCCGUUGCCGUAAAGUUGUUGCUAAGAGCGGCAGGUGUUUCCUUUUGUCGAUUUCGCUUGCCGGCGCCCGUCGGCACGUAUCGCUCUGACAUAUUUGGACAAUGAGCUGAUUGGCCCAGCCUGGCAGUGACAUGCUCCAUUAACAGCUGUCUACGGCGCAUUUGACUGGACUGCGUGCCGACACAGCAGCGCGGAAACUGGAAUACUACAGAAAAGCGCUGCGGAGAGAAGACGGAAACCACAGUCGCCGCUGUGGUGCCUUCGUGGGGAACUGCUGAUCCCACUGUGAGCCGGCUGGGCCGUAACUAUCGCGGCGUCAACCUAUUGAGCGAUAAAGUUCGUCAUGAGGGUCGGAAAGAUAAAAACAUGACGCCGGAUGCCUGUUACGUUCCCCGUUGCCGCAUUGCCGAUAUCGCAGCAACAUUCGACUCAGCGUCACCCCCUGCAUUAGCGGACUCGCCUAAAAGGAAGCACUCUUUUCCUAGACUGACGUGACAGUGCAUCGGAGGCGAUGGCACCGCGAAUGUGAUACUUCGCAGCACCGAAAACGGGUUACAUCAGAUACGUUGAAGCCUCUGUAGAAGACAGCAGCGAGGUGUCUGACCCACACCAGUGUUGCACCAUGGCAUUCUUCCGGCAGCUCCGAGUGAUCCUGUGGAAGAACAUUGUUGUGUACUCGUUCAAGCGUCACUAUGUGCUCACCUUCUUCACCAUGGCGAUACCGCUCAUGCUGUCUGGAGUGCUGUUGUACCUUCGUAGUCUGGGCUUCAACGAUGGGACGGAGCCGAUUCGGCGGAUGAAUGCCACCAUCUACAGCGAAUUCACUCCGGAGUUUACAUACCCAGUGCUACCCCCAUAUCCUUACGCACCUAACACAACUUACGGCAACAGUCUUAUGAAAGCUGUCUUUGGAAAUGAAGCCGUAGGGUUUCCUUCUGAGGAACUGGUUGAUGCGUACAUCGCACAUCAGGCCUUAGAGUCACCUGAUGGAACUUCGAUGGCUGUCAUCCUGCAUGGCCUUCCGCCGGACGGAUCUCCGCCAGUCAACCUCAGCUACACGCUGCGCUUCAACACAUCCCAUUUCAACUUCCAGACGGGAGAGCGCUUCCCCACAUUCAGGACUCCAGGUCCUCGACGAGAUGAUGCCCUUUACUCCACACUGAUGUGGGGACUGCAGGACAAAAUGUUCACGGAGCAUGUAAAACUUUUGAGGAAAGCAAAGGGGCUUUCCCGCCAGAAGCCAGAGAUCACAAUGCACAGAUUCCCAUACCCGGAGUACAAUGACGACAACAAGUUUGACCUCAUCUCUCGACUCAUCGCCAUGUUUGUGGUGUACAGCUACCUUGUGUUUUCGCCCAUCUACGUUCGGAGGGUCAUUUCUGAAAAGUCGUCCAGAGUCAGAGAACUGAUGCGCAUGAUGGGCCUGAGUGACUGGGUCUAUUGGAUUGGCACCUUCGCUAGCGGCUUCCUGGUGCUGGCCGUCACGCUGACGAUCAGCUUGAUCCUCUUCAAGAUACCUGUCGCGCCUCUGGCAGCGGUCCUCCUCUACAGUGACUUCAGCCUCCUCCUGUUCAUCUGCCUCAUUUAUGCAACGUCGGCUAUCCUGUUCUUGCUCCUGUUCACCGUUAUCUUUAACAGCGCUGUGGUUGGCGUCAUCUUCUCUACGGUGGGCUGGGUCACCAGCUACAGCCUACCCACGUCCAUCUUGGAUCCGCUCGGCACGGAUCGCUACAUGAGCGUCAGCCGUAGUGCCAAGCUGUCCACUUCCCUGCUGCCCAACAGCGGCCUGUACUGGGCUUUCCGCCUGAUCUCUUUUCUAGAGGGUCAAGGGAUCGGUGCCAAAUGGAGUAACCUGGGAACUGAGGCGGUGCCCGCGGACAACGUGACACUCGGCCAAAUUGUGCUCGUCAUGCUUGCGUCAGUGUUCAUCUAUGCUCUCCUGUUGUGGUACCUGGACAACGUCUGGCCCUUCCAGUAUGGCAUUCCAAAGCACCCGCUCUUCUUUCUCCAGAAAUCCUAUUGGUACUCAUCGGUGGAACACGACAGUGAGCAGGAAGGCGUCACUGAUCAGGAAGUAAACAAUGCCGACGGCGUCUUCGAGCCUCCACCGUCAGAUGCACAGACCACCAUUGCACUCUCUCACGUGACCAAGAAAUUUAGAGGCACCAACAAGAAGGCUGUUGACAACCUGUCUCUACAAAUUUUCCACGGCCAGCUUACUGUCCUCCUGGGGCACAACGGUGCUGGCAAGACAACCACCAUGAACAUGAUCACAGGACUGUUCCCACCCACUCGCGGUCAAGUGCACAUCAAUGGCUACAACAUUCAGACACAGACCAAGAAGGCACGGGAAAGCUUUGGCCUCUGUCCACAGCACAAUGUCCUUUUUGAUGAGCUGACGGUCGAGGAGCACCUUUACUUCUUCUACAGUCUCAAGGAAAGCCCAGAAGUGAGCUGGAAGGCGCACGUGAACGACGUCCUCACCAGUGUCGACUUGACCGAGAAACGUUCAGCGUUGGCGAAGGAUCUCUCGGGUGGCAUGAAGCGCAAGCUCUCCCUCGGCAAUUCCAUGAUUGGAGAUUCCAAGAUCCUGAUUUUAGACGAGCCGACAGCGGGCAUGGACCCACAGGCACGUCGCGCGGUCUGGACGCUGCUGCAGAACCUGCGCAGGAGCAAGACGAUCCUGCUGACCACUCACUACAUGGAGGAGGCUGACGCGUUGGGCGAUCGCAUCGCGUUCGUGGCCCACGGCAGGUUGCAGUGCUGCGGUUCCCCACUGUUCCUCAAGAAGCGAUACGGAACGGGCUACCGCAUGAGAAUUGCCAAAGGAAGUGGCUGCCGUCUCGGUGUUGUGACGGAAAAGGUCACUUCAGCCAUUCCAGCAGCCCAGCUUACUUCGGACAUUGGCCAUGAAGCUAUGUUCAACCUCGGCUUCCCACCAGCAUCCGAUGUCAUCCCGCUUCUGAAGAACCUUGAAGGAAACAAGGAGAACCUCGGCAUCGUUAGCCUUGGAAUAUCGGUCACAACCAUGGAGGACGUGUUCAUCAGGGUCGGCGAGUUGGCAGACAUCAGCUUCGAGACGAGCGGCGCAUCGUCCAGCUCUCACAAUGGCACCGAUCGCAUGGGCGGCCUGGUGGAAGCGCUUUGGAAGAAGGUUGACGAGUGCCGGUACGUUUGCGUUGCAGACGACGAAUACCCAACAUUCCAACGCACAAGUGGCCUACCGCUGCUUGCGCAGCAGGCCACGGCAUUGUUCCGGAAGCGGUGGCAUGCCACCAAGCGGCAGUACUUCCUUCCAAUCCUCGCCAUUGUCAUCCCCGUGGUCCUCUUUUUGCUGUAUACCUUGCUCGACAUCCAGGACCUCGAAGCGACAACCAUCAAGAAGCUCGUCUAUGAUGUCGGCAGUUAUGCCGGUUCCACGAACGGUUUCCUCAGCAACGAAACUUCGCCGCUGGGCAGGGUGGAUUUCAUUGAUGCGAUGACUCAGCAAAGAGUGAUGGUCAAGAAGGACGUGGAAGAUCCCAAUGACUUCCUUCUCAACGUGGCCCGGCGCAGCCUUGCAGAGUACAAUGGAAAGUACCUUGUAGGUGGUCAGACUGACAACGAUGCAAAAGCCGUGGCCUGGUACAAUGGUGAGCCGUACCACAUUGGCUCUAUGUCUCUCAACUUGGCGCACACGGCUGCACUGAGAUAUGUCUCCGAAGACGCCACUGCCAGGGUGUCAGUCACCAAUUGGCCACUGCCUGGUGAGCUCUCCGAACAGAUCGGUGUCGCUUCGUACGACCAGGCAGCCCGCAUCCUGGCCGCUGUCUUUUUGCCCACUGCGCUGGCCUUCCUGUCCUCGUCAUUCGUGCUCUUUCCGAUUCACGAGCGCGUCACCAAGUCCAAGCUGCUGCAGCUCAUGGCGGGCGUGCCAGGCGUCCUCUUCUGGGGUGUCACGUUCCUCUGGGACUUUGUCGUCUUUGCCGUCUGCAGCACGGCCGUCAUGAUCCCGCUCCUGGCGGUCAACCCCAACGGAGUUUUCACCUCCAGUCCUGGUGUGCCAGCGGCCACAUACUUCCUUUUCCUUCUGUAUGGCUGGGCGGCCAUCCCAUUCAGCUACAUCUUCUCGUACGUCAAGGACAAAUCGUCUUCCGGCUAUUCCCUUCUGACCACCAUCAACGUCAUCACAGGCGUGAUGCUGAGCAUUGUGAUGGCCGUCGUGGGGUUCCUUGCCAAGUUCCCUAUGCUGGGCAUUAACGAGGACGCAGUGCAAAAGUCAAUGUGGUUCUUGCGGUUGGUGCCUGGAUUUGCCGUCACCUGGGGUUUCUCCAACAUCCAUGAGAUCGGAGGGGAUCCAGCCAAGUGCGCCAAACUGACGCCCACCCUGCUGAAGAGCUACUGUCCCAUGUCUCAGCUCAUGGGCAUCGAGGUUUGCUGCCAAGAUUGUGGCAAUGGUUCUUACUGCUACAUCCCGCACUCGCCGUUUGGCAUGGAUCGCUAUGGAAGCGGACGGGAGAUGCUGUACCUCUUCUUCGUUGGCAUCAUUCUGUUCCUUCUACUGGCCUUCUUUGAGACCAACGUCUAUGGCAUCUGGUACCGAAUCAGGUCGCUUCUCGGCCAAAGGUCCCACAAAGAUGGGACAAUGGUUUCGUUUGCAGAUAUCGAGAUGUGCACCCACGCGGUGGGUACGGCAGAGGACGACGAUGUUGCUGCAGAGCGCGCAGCAGUCGAAGCGCUGGUCAAGGAAGGCAACACGGCAAACGAAGCGCUGGUUGCCCUCAACCUGAAGAAGAACUUCAGAGCUCUUCAGGCUGUGGACAACCUGACCUUUGCCGUGCACAAGAACGAGUGCUUUGGCCUUUUGGGCGUCAAUGGCGCGGGCAAAACGACGACCUUCAGGAUGCUCACCGGUGACCUCCCCAUGAGCUCGGGCAAUGCAUACCUGGGUGAAGCUAGCCUACAACACGACCUUAAGGAGUUCCAGUCCAAGAUCGGCUACUGCCCACAGUUUGAUGCUCAGAUAGACAAACUGACCGGUCGAGAGACCCUGGAGCUGUUUGCGCUCAUCCGAGGUGUCCCCAAUCACCGCAUUCCUUCAGUCGUCAACUACAUGAUCAAUCUAGCAGACCUGCAGGCCCAUGCUGACAAACCUACAGAAGCUUACAGUGGUGGGAGCCGGCGCAAGCUGUCCAUCGCCAUGGCGCUCAUCGGCAACCCUCCGGUGGUGUUCCUCGAUGAGCCCACUGCGGGUGUCGACCCAGCAGCACGGCGAAAGAUCUGGCAGGGGCUCGAUGACGUGCAGAAACUCAUGGGUGCCGCCGUCAUCCUCACCAGUCACAGCAUGGAGGAAUGCGAGGCGCUGUGCCAGAGGAUAUCUAUCAUGGUGAACGGGUCCUUCCGAUGCCUCGGCUCGACGCAGCACCUCAAGUCCAAGUUUGGCGAGGGCUUCACGGUCAUCGUCAAGAUGGGCCAGGAGCAGGCCACCAGCUCUAAUGCGAUGACGAACAUCUGCAACGCCAUGCUGGCCAAGUUUCCGGACAACUGUGUGCUCAGGGACAGCCACCAGGCCUUGCUUCACUUCCACGUCACCGACACCAGCCUGAAGUGGAGCCAGCUCUUUGAGACCUUGGAGUCACUCAAGCAGGAGCUCUCGUUCGAGGACUACAUUGUCAGCGACACCACGCUGGAGCAAAUUUUCCUUGCGUUUGCGAGGUCGCAGCGAGACACGAUGACCGAGGCCUCUGUUGGCUGCUUCCGAAGGUGUUGUCCUUUCUAGCUCUGGUUUUCUGAGCUGUUCGUCUGGCCAAACAGCACAGCCAAGCAUUGCCUGCAUUUUCACCGCAAUGUUGUGGGCAUGGAAGGUUGCACAGAGCCGCUGCUAAAAGGAACCCAGAUUGUCAGUUAAGUAUCUUAACAUUUCGACCUGACAACUUCAGUAUAAUAGCAGACAUACUAUAUGAAAACACCAUGUGACUAGGACGAGAUUGACUUAGGAGAAUCGGUUUUCUGCAAACAGUGGCACAUCUUAGUGUUGUUUGAUCCAUGAUGAGGUAAUUUCUUUUGCCGAUUGUGUGGUUAGUUGCUCAAAGUGAGUUUGUUGGUCCAGCAUUUCUCACUUGCUUUUUCUUUAUCUGUAGUGUACCCACUAUCUUGCAUUUGGGCGGAACGGUUCCAAAUGAGAAAAGAAGUUUGACAGAUGUCUGAAAGUUACCCUAGCUUCUGCAGUGAUAUUAACUAUCCAUUGAAGACCUGGUAAUUUGUUCACGCAUUCUAACUUGAUGAGGAAGCCUAUGGUAAAGAACAACUUUUGCAUGUCUGCAGCAUAUGCCCUACUUACUCAAACCAGGAGCAGUAUAUUGUGAAAGAUGGGAAGUUUGUAUCGAAUCUUGCUGUGAUAAUGGGAGCUGUGGGCUCUUGUUCUGGCAGCCUUCUCUGUCCACCAAGUUGCGGUCAGACAAUGUGUGGAUGUUGUUGCAUUGCCUUUCGUAAUGUUUGUGUGUUGUCGCAGCGCUGCUAGCUUUCUGCAGUGCUAGUUUUACCGCGUUUCAAAGGGUGUGAUAUUCAAGAUGACGGUGCUGAGCGCGGGCGCUUGUGUGAGAUGUGCAGGAUAUCUUGUUUGUGAAAUCGUGGUGAUACCACGAGUAUGGCACAGUGAAGAGGCCGAGUUUAUUGCGCCGGAUCUCACGGCGACAUGCAAAACUGUCACCUUUUCGUGACUGCGCACUGUGAUUUUGUUAGGUAAGAAGGUGCCUUGUAGUUGUCAGAAUGUGUCAAUAUUCAAGUCUUUUUCUUUUCUCUUUUUCUUUUUUCUUUUUUGCCAGUGAGCUGCAGGUGGGCAGGAAAGCUGCACAUAUCAUCUUUAGGGGUGUGCGAAUAUUCGAAACUUACGAAUAACGAAUCGGUGUCCUAUUCGAUUCAGUCAUUGAUUUGGAAUAGUCGCUAUUCAUAAAUGUGAAUAUUUCUUGAAUAUUUUUCGAAUAAUUGUAAACGUCAACUGCGCCUAAUUAAAUAGAGAAUUGGAGUAAAAGUACGAUAAAUUUCCCCUUCGCAGGCUUAGUGUAGACAAAACAUGAGAACUUCCAUAGUGUAGCAAGCUACGUCACUUAUGUAGCCAUACUUUACAGGCUAUACAGCAAUCAUUUGCACUCUCUUAAAAGUCAUGUGCAUGCGAAGAAGCGUUUUGUUUGCUCCUAAUGCUCCAUUUUUGCUUUUAAUAAACAACGCUUCAUAAUGUACUAUGUAAUAACAGAAAUGUGCUACCUUUCAGAAUACUAGGAUGUGGACAUCAUUUUGUAAUAAUUGUAACAAUGACAGUUCGUUAUGUGAAAAUUAUUCAAAAGCUGUUUGAUGUUCAGUUUGAUUUUAUUCGCUUUUAGCACUAUUCGAUUCAUAUUCGAUUUGGUAUCAAAAAUCACCAUUCGCACUCCCUAGUCAUCUUACUUGGCAGUGUAUUUAUGAUGCGUAGCAUAGUCUGCAGGAGGGUGAGUUUCUUGUUGCGUCACUUGCUCAGCAACUUUUGUGUUUUCUAUUUGCUAGACAUAUUGAAGACAGUUCUCUGGCAAAAAUAUAGUUACCGAUAACGAUAAUACAGCAUAAUUUGUAGUAUUUUGACUUUAAGAUAUGGUUUUCUAAGUUUUUUUUGUUCUGCUGAUAGUGUUGUUAGGUUGGUUGAACGAAAGCACUAUUACCGGACUGCCUUUAAUAUCACAAAAUGAUUGUGAACUGUGCAUUAUUGCCUGUAUUUUAAGGCAGGUUUUGUUUUGUUUAUAUAUGGCAUGCAAGAUGUCUAGUGAAAGGGCAGCUAUUAUUGGUAAUUAUCUCAAGUUAUGUGAGCCAGGUAAUCCAUAUCUUCAGUUACGUGCUUGUAGCUUUCUGAUCAAAUGUACCAGUUCAUUGAUGCAUCGUGAUAGGUAAUCAUGGUCCGUGGUAAUCAUGGUAAUCAAAGUAACGCAUCUGUAUGUUGUGACUGCGAGGUUUUUUGAAGAAUUCUAAAUAUUCGAAAAAUUGUCAAAUGCAGUCAAUACUGUCAUGUGUAUUAAUAUGCUUGCAUCCUGUUAGUUUCUCUGUGUGUGUUGUGCAAUACUUCUGUACAAACACACAAGUGAGUGUUUACUGUAGAAUGCAAGCUCUUUGGAAUAAAUUGCUAUGCAGUUUUCUUAUUGUUUCUGGCAUUUAAACUGGUCUUUUUUCGACAAACUGAAGAAAAAGAAUAUAGAUGUUUUUCACAUUGCAAAUGUAAGUGGUUGUGUAAACUGUUCUUUCUAUAGAUGCAUGGAUGCUGCCUGUUUAGGACUGGUGUUGUUGAAACUGUCAUGGGUGUAGCAACAGUUAGCUUUUAUUUACUUAAAAUGUUGAGUCACUUCAUGUAGAGCUGUCAUUAGGGUUGGCGUGCAGACGCAUGGCGUUCUUUCAGUGGAGGUGUUUAGCAGACGUGAAAUUUUAAAACUCUGAAAAUUCUCGGAAUACAGAACAUAUCAUAAUAAAGAAUUCUGCUAAAGAAUAAAGAAUGUGCUUAAUGUGCGUUCAGGCUGGGUCUCAGCAUUAGUAGACCAAAAGGCACUAGUGAAGUUUGCUUUGCCACAUUGUACUUUUGCCUGUUGUUAAAAUGGACAAAGAAUGCAGCAGCUGUGCCCAAGGAAGCGCCUGGAAUACGCUGUCUGUGUUUAUGCCGUUAUUUCACCACCACCUUUUCCUCAAGGCAGAUUCUUGGGCCAGUUGGUACUGUUUACUCAUAAUGGCAAAGCCUCUAGCGCAAUUCGAAAAGACAGGGACGUGGCAGAGACACAGGACAGUGCUAAUACCUUUUCGUCAUUGAUUGCUUCAUGACGCCAUGCUGUAUGCAGUAGCAGUUAAAAACAUGUAAAGCGUGUUUCAUUCCAUGGCCCCAAACUUUCGUUAUGUUGAUCCUAAAAUUAACCUUCACCAGAUAAUUCAAACCUGAUAAGCCAGCGUGCACGGGCCUCACCCCUACACUCUUAGACAAAAUUACACCCUUUGGGUCAUACCAUGCCACACAACAAUAAUCAUCAUCUUUCUUGUCCGAAUUUCCUUUAACGCUGCGAGCCUGGUAUUUUCAAGUCACGAACGGCAUGCACAUUAUCAGCAUGACAGAGCAUUCUCAACAGGAAAGUAGCGAGUGCAGCGUUUUCAAGAAAGGAAACACGAGCAAGACAGAUGAUGAUUAUCGUUGUGUGGCAGAUACACACCCCAAAGGGUGUAUACCGUUAAAGGUGUAUGGUGACCCUGCUAGCAACUGCUUUAGUGUCGGCAUCUGUCUCGGUGGAGUUUAGGGGAUAAAAAAAUGUGCUGAACACACGUCAUCUCCCGUCGAAAACACCCAUUUUCGGCCUGCCCUACGAACAUUUGCAAGCAAUUAUUACCAAAGCUCUCGAUGUCUUCAUGGUAUUUGGCUGAUUCUAAAUUGCUCCUUUUUUAUUGUGAUAAAUAUAUACACUUCAAGCGAAUUUUUAGCAUCGGCAUCGCCAUAAGGUUCCGUAUAUAUUUAGGUAAAUGUAUGCUAUGUCCCACAUCUUGCUAUAUGACAUGCGGUGUGUGUGGGUUUAUUGCCGCACCAUUCUAUCACUAAAUUUGCUCACGCUAAGUCUUGCGUUCUUGACAAAAUUAUUCCUCUGAAUUUCAAGAAUGGUAGCCCACAAACAAAUGUCAUUAAACAAAACACUCGCAGCGCAUGUCUUUUAUCUUAAAUCUCAGGUUUAAAUAUUGAAAGUGCGAAACACUAACAGAGCUCAAACUUGAAAAUGAUGUAAUUUUGUUGUCACAUCUGUGCACUACCUCUGGGAUAGGCCCAGGAAAGAGGUUUGAAACAUACCUGAUGCAGAAAAGUGGUAGUAAAGGCGCUAAGAAAGGCGUUGGCUUUAACUAAUAAGCAAAUUAAAUUGUGUAAUAGCAGUAUUCAAACAGAGGACCCCUUGCACAACAGCUCAUUUAUACGUAGCUUACGUUCAAUUCAUACUGCCACUACAGCUAUGACUCUUACACUUCAUGUUUUAUUCUGACAUGUUGCUAUUUCACUCAUUGCUUUGCCCUUAUAGCAAAACAAUUUUUUUUUUUCAACAAAAUUGUGCUGGAAAUAUCUGGCGUGGUGCAGUCAAAUAAGAAACCAAAGCUGCCUUCACAGCAUUCGUAUGCUUUACCGUAUAACACAAAUGUGCAACGGCAAAGCUGACAUUUAAAAACUGUGCAGGGAAGCUGAUUUUAGGAAACCGGCCGCCAUUGUACAACACUUAGUAGACCUUUGCCCAUUUUUAAUGCGUUGGCAUAGGAGUGUCAAACUGGGAAAAAGUAUGUGUGAAGUUUGAGAAGCCGGUCACGUGGUGGAGGGUAUGAGAGAGCUUGGAAGAACACUUUGAUUAGGGGCUUUAAUGUCAUGUCUAUGUUUGUUUUCUUAUUUGGGCACCAAGAAAGUGACACCCAUUUGAUUCAGUGGCACGUUAGACUCGAGCAGAUAUUGCUAAAUGAAUCAACAUUGUGUUUUCUUGUUUUUUCACGAUGUUUAUUUCGACCCUCCAGAUAAUUCAAUCAGUUUCGCUGGUGCCAUCAAGGUAGAAUUAACAGAAGUUGAUUGUACUUUUCGUUUGCUAGCAAAUUAGCCCACUGUAUAUUUUAUUGUGUUUUCACUCUUUUUUGAGACACUAUAAGUGUACCGCAUGUUGCAAAUUUAGUGAAUUCAUUGUGGUAAUAAAUACUGUAAGUGCUGCAAACACUGCAAACAUGUGUUUGCAACAUGUGGUGCAUUUAUUAGUGUCAGCUGAAACAGCACAAUAAUUAACAAGUAGAGCAAUGUUUAGUGCUCGCAAUGCUGUUUCCUUUUUGUUUGUUAAGCUCGGUCAUCUCUGUCAAAACAAAGGCAAGAGCAGUAAGCUGAUGUAAAAUUAGGCCUUUCACUUAAGAAUGCAUGUUUAGUUGGGCAUAAUUUGUUCGCAAGAUGGGAAAAGUAGAUAAAAAAUAUGGCACUGAAGGCAAACUUGCUUGAGCUGUUUAUGAGGGGAUCUAGUUUACUGGUGCCAUCCAUUGUAAAUAAUGGUAACUGUGUAUUUCUAGUUACGUCCAUCAAAAUUUAACUGGCAAACAUGCCCACAAAGUUCCCAAGCCAGUGUUUACAAUGAAAAAUCCUAUUUUCCGCUGGAAUGUUAAUCAGAAGUCUACUGUGGUAUGCUGUUUAUGCACACGGAAGGGGAAGGAUACCUUGACUGCAUCAAAAGCUUCUGAUUGGAUGUCGCAAUAAUGUUUUGCAUUUGACUGCCUUUGCAUUCGUGAGAAUGAUAUUGUUUUCAGUUAUGGAUAAGGGCCUUAUGCGUAACCUUUCAGUUGUACUUUUUUAGUUACGCAUAGGCAUAUCACUUUUAGCCUUCUUUCUUUAUAAUCAAAUACUCUUUUGCAUAGUAAAUGUAUGAAAUAACAUGCAACCAGUCUUCUUUGUUCAUUGCAUCUAACUCUAAUUGCUCUAAAUUUUUUUUAGAGGCUUAAGAGAAGCAAGAUGAUGUCAGUGCACUGUUAUAUUACACAAUAUAUUUUGUUUAUUUUCAUAAGUGACAUAGUCUUGUGAAAUAUAAACACACAUUCUUUUCUUUUUUUGGAAUAGGUUUCUAGGAAGGUGAAAUCACUUGUUCUGCUGCCAUUGUCGUCAUAAAAGGUUGCAUUGAUUUCUUUCACACCCUGUGAACAGUGCAUCGUUUAAUUAAUUAGGGAACUGAGUCCACACUACCAGUGUUAUUAUUCAAUAUAUUAGAUUGUCCUGUUAAUGCAGAUCUCUCGCAUGAAAUUCUUAACUUGCUGGAGAAGAAUAUGACAUGUACUUUCACGUGGGUGCUGAAGCAAAAAAUUUUGAUAUUUUGUCACUUUCUAUUAUGCAUACUGGUCAUUAUACAGUAUUUUCCUGAUGAUAUAUUGAACAGGUGGUGGGCUUAUGUUUUGAAAUUUUGUCUUCAUUUAUUCUUCAAUUGACACGUCGCCUUAUAAAUGAGGAAUCUUAUUCUAAGGUAAAGGUUGGAGAAGAUGAAGCUGUAAAGAAAAAAAAAUGUUUCAGUGUCCGUGAUUUCUACUGCUCUACUUUGGAAUGCUUGUGCUGCUGGUCAUGAGUGUGUUUUUAUCUGCAGUAUAUGAAGUAGCCUGUUGAGAUGUGCUGAUGGCUUUUACAUUGGCAAUCAACAAACUAUACAGAAUAGUGCGCUAGCUCUGAAAGCGUCUUGUCAAAGUUGCCACAGUGCCGUCAUGCUGCUUUAAUGCCGUCCAUUUUCUCUGGCCUAAACAAAAUCGGUGCAUACAACCAUUCAUCUCAAUAUACUUAGUCGAAUUUGCAGUACUGGUAGGUACUAACAUUAGUCUUGCCAAAAAAGUUCACCCUAUUUAUAGUCAAACAUUGGUUUGAAGGCUCAAUGGUAUUGAUCUUUUUUUUUCACAUUUAAGAUAGUGAUCAUUGUUGCUUUUAAUAUGCUCAGUGUUAUCUUUGGAUGUCUGGUGACGCACAAAUAAAACUUAUGCAAGUGUUAUAUAUGACUAUUGAAAGAAUUAUGAUGCAAUAUUUUGUAAUGUAAUUUGGAAAAUGCAUAAAUUGUUUGUAAUGCAUCUAUUGUAUUGUAGUUAGGUUAUCAUUGCUUGUUGCUGUAUGGCUGGGCACAGUUAUUAUCCUGAGUGACACUGCAAUAAGUGACACUGCAAGAAUAACAUCAUAGCAAAGAAUCCAUGGUAAGAGCUAAUGCAUGUUCUGACCAGAUCAGCAUGUUUUCACAUGACCAGUUUGGUGCUUGAGCAUGAGAUAGAGAGGUAAUAGUCUAGGUGAUGCCUUGGUUACUCUGAAAUAAGUAUUAAGCAUUCACCUGGUACGUUCAACACUGUUUAUACUGCAGAUCGGAGAUGACUGUCUAGUUUAGCCAUGUAUUUUUUCUAUGAAUAUUAUUAGCAACAUCUUUUUAUCUUUUUUUGCUUCAUUGAUAGGUCUGCAUUAUAUUGACCUGAUUAAGUUUUUUUUUUUUUUGCAUGUUGGGCUGCUAAGCACAAUGUCAUGGGAUUGAAUCCCGGCCACGGUGGCCGCAUUUCGAUGGGGGCGAAAUGCGAAAACACCCGUGUACUUCGAUUUAUGUGCAUGUUAAAGAACCCCAGGUGGUCCAAAUUUCCGGAGUCCCCCACUAUGAUGUGCCUCAUAAUUAGAAAGUGGUUUUGGCACGUAAAACACCUGAAUUAUUCUUGAAAUGUUUUUUUUGCAUUUUCUUUCUGAUCUUCUUGAGAAACUCCUUUAGCAAACUUUGGUACUAUUCCUACUAAAAUGAUUCCAUAUGUGGUCUAAUAUUCCACAUGCUUGAAAUAUCUCUUAGGUAUGAAUCUUACAGAAGUGAUAUCGAAUCUAGUUCCAUAAUAAUUCCACAAAACUUCUGUAACAUUCAACAGGGAAGCAAGGGAUUAUUUGACGCUUCAGUGAUGUGCAACACCUGUUUUAAUCUAGCACACUGCAAAAAUAACCAUGUGAAUUUACAAUUCCUGGUUGUCACUUAAACCAUCGCUACCAAAGCAUGUAAAGAUAUUUAUUCAUUCUUAUUUGGCAGUUCACCUUACUGGUGAAGCAUUUACAUUGUCAUUAUAUUUUAAUUUUUUCGUCCUGCUCUGUCCUAGUCAAUGUUUGGUUAGUUUCCUUUUAUUACCUGUAGUGUUUUCUUCACCUCAUGGACUGUAUUCUCGCUGCAAAUGCUUUGCCCUGUCUAUGCCCGCUGUGAUGCUUUGUAAUAACUAUUUUCAAGCAGCACUCAAAAUAAACCAUUGUUGAGGCUA